AAGACUUUAUAACUAACUACAAGCCUCCAUAUUUCAACUCGAGCAGUGUAAAACUCAUUCAUGGCUUCCACAAAGGAGCAAUCUCCAUACACAAACUUUCAACGACGAGAGGAACCUGAGUUCAAUUUAAGAGAAUGGGAAUUCAGGGCUCAAAUCAGCCGCGAACACACGAGAUCAAGAAGGUUUUCAGGAUCAAAUAUCAGAAGUUUUAGAGAAGAUGCAAGGUCUUUUAGAUCAAACAUUACUAUUUCUAGCACUGCCUCAUCUCCUGGCUACUCCAUAAGAGAAGAGAUUGACCCCUCAACAUACUCAUUCACCACAGCUCUUAAAGCAUUGCAAGCAAGGUCAGGAUAUUAUAACAGUUGGGAAUGCUCAUCACCAGAUGGAUUUGCUUUACAUUCCAAAUGGAAUGAAGCAGAGAAAUAUAUAUGCAACCCGCUUUCAGGAGAGGUACCGAUGGAGUGUUUAUCAGCUAAAACACUAAGUGGAAGAUCAUUUCGAAACUUAACAAACAGAAUCACAAUGUCUGCACCUCUUGUUUACUCUAAUCAUUCGCGGCAAAUCCAGACAAAGACUACUACUUCUAUUGCUGCACAUGACGAUAUUGUCAAUCAUUUUCCAAUUAAAGAAGAUAAGAUGGAGGGCAUGCUGAACACUAGAGAUGUCGGGACUCAAAGCACUCCUCCUGACGUCAGUUCAUCAAGUAGUCCUAGUCCAGCUUCAACGCCUUCGAUUAUAGAGAGAAAGAGAUGUGAAGUAGAAGGUGGAGGCACCCCUAAUUGUAAUUCAAAGCUGAAAGCUCAAGGACAGGUUCAGGUAAAGGAAACAAGAGGGAAAGAAGAAAGCACAGAAAAUGAGAGCACUAGAGAGGAAAGUCAGAACAGAAAGGAUGAGAAAAUGUGGAUGUGCAGCAUCAGGAAGCAAGGUGGAUGCUUAUCAUGGAUGAGAAAAAGGCAGAGGGAGAGACACAAACCAAGAAACAGCAACAUUUUCUCUUUUAACGUGAAGGGUGCUGCUAAAAAGGAGAGCUAGAGAUGGUAGUGAUGCUGUGUUUUAUUCCUUAGCUCUGAAAAUGGCUGACAGCUUUUGGGGUCACGUGCACUCCUUUGUUUAUUGCUUCAGAAUGGAUAGAUUCUUCUCUCUCCCAUGUAAAAUUCACCAACAAAUAAUUAAUGGGAAGGAUUUUUGAGUU